GUCCAAGAAGACGACCCCCACCCAGUGGCCCGGAGAACCGGGGUCACAGGGUCCACCAUGCACAUUGGUAUGCCAUCUCCCACAUGUCCCGGGCACCUCCCCUGAGCCCUGCCAGGAAGGAGUUCAAGCACAGAGCUCGCCACCCUCCCACCCAGCUGCACCAUGAGCCACGGACCAAGUCCCCGGAUGACCGAGUCCCCGCAGCUAUCCAAGGGUAGUCUCUUGACCAUCCUUGGCAGCCCGUCGUCGCCAGAGCGCAUGGGACUGGCCGACUCGCUACCGCCCACACCGCCCAGCGGCACGCCUUCGCCGGGCCCGCCGCCGGCGCUUCUCCUGCCACCGGCACCCACGCUGCUGGCCGACGGGGACUGGGAAAGCCGUGAGGAGCUGCGGCUGCGGGAGCUGGAGGAGGCUCGGGCGCGGGCGGCACAGAUGGAGAAGACCAUGCGCUGGUGGUCGGAUUGCACCGCUAACUGGCGCGAAAAAUGGAGCAAGGUUCGCGCAGAGCGCAAUCGCGCGCGCGAGGAGGUGCGCCAGCUGCGCCAGCGCCUGGACGCGCUAACCAAGGAGCUGGCUGGUGCUCGGCGUGAGCGCCAGGAGGCGCAGGGUGAGUGCGAGGCGCGAGGCCGCGAGCUGGCGCGGCUGCGGGGCGCCCAGGGAGCUGCAGACCGAACGUCCGAAGGUCCUGAACCCGAGCAGGAGCCAGAGCCCGUACGCGACGUCGUGUCGGAGAUGCCACCAGGCGGCCAGGAGCUGGAACUGGUGGAGAACCUGCUGAAGAGCAGACCAGAGGAGCUCGAGGGCUGCUGGGAGACACGCAGCCUAAGGGCCGGGGGCCCACGGAGCAGCUCAGGCCGUCAGGAGCGCAGCCGGCUGCCCUGGGAGGACACCACCACCACUGAAGAGGACACUUCCAAAGUGACCGCCCUCCGGCUACGGCUGGAUGAGUCCCAGAAGGUGCUGCUUAAGGAGCGCGAGGAUAAACUGACUCUGAGCAGGAACAUUGAGAAGCUUGAGGGGGAGCUCAGCCAGUGGAAGGUCAAGUACGAGGAACUGAACAAGACCAAGCAGGAGAUGCUCAAGCAACUCAGCAUCUUGAAGGAGACACACCAGGAUGAGCUGGGCCGCAUAUCUGAGGACUUGGAGGAUGAACUGGGAGCACGGUCCAGCAUGGACAGGAAGAUGGCUGAGCUGAGGGGAGAGAUGGAGCGGCUGCAGGCAGAGAAUGCAGCUGAAUGGGGUCGUCGAGAGCGGCUGGAGACUGAGAAGCUGGGCCUUGAGCGGGAGAACAAGAAGCUACGGGCUCAGGUUGGGGACCUGGAGGAGGCACUGGCCCGGCGGCGGCGGCAGACCACCAGCGCUCUAGACUGUGACCUGCGGGCCAGCCAGGCUGCACUCUUCGAGAAGAACAAGGAGCUGGCAGACCUGAAACAUGUACACAGCAAGCUGAAGAAGCAGUUCCAGGAGAAAGUGGCAGAGUUGACUCAUGCCAACCGGCGGGUGGAGCAGCAUGAGGCAGAGGUGAAAAAACUGCGUCUGAGAGUGGAAGAGCUCAAGAAAGAGCUGGCCCAGGCUGAGGAUGAACUGGAUGAGGCCCACAACCAGGCACGCAAGCUACAGCGGUCACUGGAUGAGCAGACAGAACAGAGCGAGAACCUGCAGGUGCAGUUGGAGCACCUGCAGUCCAGGCUCCGAAGGCAGCAGCAGAAUGCCCCCCUCUUCGGGAAGAUCCGGAGUGCUCGCUUUGGUACUGAGGAGACUGGAGAUGGAGCCAGUGACCUGGAUGAGGAUGAGGACCUGCAGAUCCAAGUGGCCUAG